AGAGGCGAGUGUGGCGUGCGGAGCGUGAGAGCGGUUGGCGUUUUGCCAAUUUUUUCGGCACUAAAAUGCAACUCUUUUCCGUUUAAAAUCUCGGAAUAUUAAUAUACUUAUUGUGUGAGUGUGAGCGAGUGUGUGCGGACAAUAACUGUGUGUGUGAGUGUGUGCGCGUGUGUGUGUGCAGGUGUGUGUGAGUAGCGUGUCGGUGAAGCGUGGUUAUGGCGGAUCCGACCGCGAGGUUGUGUGAGAGUUUGACUCGCCGGCACGGUGUCCGUGUUGUGUGUCCGAUGAAGCUAUCUGUAAAGAACUGUCUCGGUACGGGCGAAUUGUCUCCCCCAUUAAGAGAAUCCCUCUUGGCUAUAUUAAGUGUUUUAAAUGUGGAAAAACUGGUCAUCUUGCUCGGGCCUGCCCUGAGAGGCAGAGUGACCCCGGUGUUUCUGAGCGACCGGGGCAGGACGCAGCUCAGUCGGCUGGGGUCGUUCCCCCUGCGGCUACAGUUCGGCCGGCUGCUGAGGGCCCCGGAGCUGCUGCUGCACCAGACCCGAAAGAGAGUGAGCCCCAAGCCCAGCCUGCAACCCAGAAGCCCACUGGAGCUGCAACAGCCCCGGAAAAGCCAUGCACGGCCGAACCGGCCGCGGAAGAGCCAUGCUCAGCUCAACCAGACCGGGAGAAGCCGUGCUCCACUGAGAAGAGCUCAGUGGGUUCUGGAGCAGUGCUGGAGCUGCCUGCGCUGGCAGAGGCAGGCACGGAGGUGCAGAGCGAACGCCCGGAAACACCGGACACUACACCAGUGCAGGGGGACGGGGGAGACGUGGAUAUGGUGGAUGAGCGUGGAUAAAGUGCUGAAUAAAAGGAAAAAGCAAGGUAAGGGACGGGGAAAAAAGCAGGCAAAAAAGGACACAAAGAUGGGGGAACGAGAAUCAGACAGUGAUGACUGCAUGUCAGACUCUGUUUUAAUGUUCGAUUCUCAGGAGGAACAGGUUAAUGUUGUGUACAGCGCUGAUGAUAUUAAAGAGUUUUUAAGGAACACCAAAUGGCAGAAAAAUGUAGCAUUGGAAGAGUUUUUCCCAGACCGUAAGCAGUUUAUUCACGACGUUAAGUUCUUCAGAAGAGAAGGUGCAUUCAUUGAUGUUGAAAUUUUCCAUCUGAAGAAACUGAUCACAAGAGUGAAUAAGGAAAACUCUGAUGAUGACUAGUGUGGUGUUUUUUUUAUGGUAGAGUGGUUUUUACCCUCUGUUUAAUUUUAUUUAUUUUAUUUAUUUUUAUGAAAGGAGUUAAUAUUGCGAGUUUAAAUAUUAAUGGGGCAAGAGAGCAAAUCAAGAGAGCUAAACUGUAUGAAGUUUUAAAGCAGAAGCACAUUGACGUUGCCAUGCUGCAAGAAACCCACAGCGAUACCAGCAAUGCUGCUGAUUGGGUGAAGGAGUGGGAUGGGUUGGUGAUUUUAAGCCAUAACCCAACGCUCAGUGGUGGUGUUGCCUUGCUCUUUGCUCGCAGUUUUAUUCCUUGUUCUUAUUCAGUUGAAGAAUUUUUAAAUGGGAGGCUUUUAAAAGUGAAAACUUUUUAUGAGAAUGAGGUUUUAGUUUUUAUCUGUGUGUACACUCCCACCAGUGCAGUGGAGAGGAUGAUGUUUUUAGAUACUCUGAACAAUGUCAUUGCUGACUGCAACACUGCAGAAAUUUUAAUUCUGGGUGGUGAUUUUAACUGUACUACAGAUAUUUUAGACUGGAACCACACAGAACCUCACAUGGCUUCCCGUAAGCGUCUGUGGGAGAUGGUGGAGGCCCACGAGUUGAGCGACAUAUGGAGAACUUUUCAUAAGAACAAGAGACAGUACACGUGGGCCCAUGCCAUAGAUAACACACUCUCCCUGGCGAGAUUAGAUCGUUUUUAUGGUUUUAAGCAUCAGCUGACGUUUUUUACAAAGUGUUUUAUUGUUCCAGUAGGUAUCUCUGACCACAGUAUGGUACAGUGUACUAUUACUAGAGAGAAGGUUAAACCUAGGAGUGCCUACUGGCAUUUUAACACUGCACUUUUAGAAGAUGCUAAUUUUAGGGAGUCUUUUAUUUUUUUAUGGAAUUGUUUUAAACAUGAGAAGGCAGCUUUUAGUUCACUCCAGCUGUGGUGGGAUGUGACAAAAGCACAAGUCAAAGAAUUCUGUCAACAGUACACUCUCAAUGUCACAAGAGACAUUGUUAGAUCUCUGAAAGCUCUGGAGAUAGAAAUAGUGGAGCUCCAGCGUUUGGAGGCCACUGGAAAUCGAGGGCAUAUUGAAGCCCUCAAACGUAAAAAAUCCAAAAUGAACGACCUGAUAGA